UUUGUUUCGAAAAACAUUUUAGAAUAUUACCAAAAAUUGUUGCACUGAAGAUCCACCAUUGUGACAAUUCGGGGUAUGGCUUAUAUGUGUCAUGAUACACGGUACGAUAUUUAGGACAGUUUUUACAUAUUGCUCAGGUGUUGAAAUUUCUCUACGUACAAAAGUUAGAAAAUUAUUCCAGAGAAGAAAAAAGAUGCCAAUUUUCCACUAAAUGCAGACAGAGUAUCUUACCUCUAAACAUAACAUCGUAUAGAAAGCAUAAGAAAUUCACCAUUAAUAUUAAGUUGGAUGAUGUACAUAGUUGUUCAUUUAUCUGUUGAAGAAGUUACUUUCACUAUCCUCUAUACGGGACGAUAAGACUAAGGUUAAUUUGUUUAAGAUAUGAGAGCCACAUACUUGAUUCAUCAAGUUUAAACAGUAAAUCAAACACAAGUUCGUUUUAUCAGUUUUAUAUCUUAGUCCUACCAAUCAUGGUGGCGAUAGACAACGCUGCCCUGCAGAUUUUUGUUCUAUCUUUGCUGCAUUCCGUAAGUGGAAAUACCUCUAAAUAUGCACGGCAGGUUUUAUUGGUUUCUAUGGACGGUUUUAGAUGGGAUUAUUUGAAGAAAACGCAAACUCCAAACUUUGACCGCAUGGCACGAUUGGGGACGCAUGCGCUCUACAUGAAUAAUACUUUCGUCACAAAAACAUUCCCCAAUCAUUACACACUUGUUACAGGAUUGUAUGAGGAGAGUCAUGGAAUUGUCAGUAACCACAUGUAUGACCCAGUCCUUAACGAUACCUUUGGCUUCAAAAGCUUAGAGAGUGAGUGGUGGGACGGCGGGGAACCACUCUGGGUCACGGCUAGAAAGAACAACAGGACGAGCGCCACCUUCUAUUGGCCCGGAAGCGAGGCCAAAAUUCGCGGGUUCCGUCCGAACAUUUGGUUACCUUACAAUGAGAGUGUUCUUUUUCCCCCGCGGGUAGAUCAGGUGAUGGACUGGCUAGUGAACGACUCCAUUGACUUUGUUACAUUGUACUUCCAUGAACCGGAUAAAACAGGUCACAGAUAUGGACCUGACUCGGAACAGAUUGUACAAAAGAUCCAGGAAAUGGACGGAAUUCUGGGAUAUAUCUUGGACAGCUUGGAGAAGAACUCUUUGACGGACAAGGUCAAUCUUGUGCUGGUAAGUGACCAUGGGAUGACCGGUAUUGACCUACAACAGAGGUUAAUUGACAUCUCGGAGGUGGUCGAUAUGGAUGAGGACAUUCUGUUCACGCUUGACAGCGGACCGGUCAUGCAGAUCAAUCCCAGAAAGGAUCCUCGUUACGUCAUACAGAAAAUACUUAACGCCUCCGUGCCACAUCUAACUGUGUAUCUGAAGGAAGAAAUACCCGAUAAAUGGCAUUAUGGCAAGAAUCGGAGGGUGAUGCCGAUCUUUGCAACAGCUGACGAGGGUUGGAGUAUCGUGACGAAUGCCACUCUUGCCAAAAGAAUCACCGAGAAGGGAAAUCAUGGUUACGACAAUGCUUUAAUGAGUAUGAAGCCUAUAUUUCUUGCCGUGGGUCCAAACAUUCGUCAGAACUAUCAGGUGCCGGUGUUUAAAAACGUGGAUAUCUACCCCUUAGUAUGCGAACUUCUUCAGAUCCAGCCCGCCCCCAACAACGGCAGCCUUGUACGAGUGAAGAGUUUAAUCGUGUCCCAAGACAGUAUCAGUAGUGCUCAGGAACCCAGAGUCUUCUCUGUUCUCAUUUGGAUCUCAUUCUUUUGGAGCAUAAUUUGCAGUGAUUUUUUUUAAUGUUCUAUGACACAGUAAAGAUAUAAUAAGAACAAGUAUCGUUAAUAAUUAGAAAAACUUAUAAACAUGUAACUAGUAAUCUUCUUGUUUUCCUUGAAUAUAAGAACAAGAUUUUGUUUAAUUCAACUAUUUUUCAUUUUUUAGGUAGGAAAAAUAACGUCGACUUGGUUCUGUUUUAGUAGAAGUUAUUGUAACGAGGUCGAAACACGCAAUUUUGCAAAACUGAAUUAGGUUGGUAAAGCGUAUACGGCGCGGAUCUAAGAAACCUAUUUCUAAUUAGAUUGAAUAUUUUGAAAUGAAAAAAGAAAAAUAACAAUAUCCCAAAUUUUUAUUUUAUCA